UGUCAAUGAAAAACUUCAGCAGUUCUUCAAUCAUCACAUGUUUGUUGUUGAGCAAGAAGAAUAUGUUAAGGAAGGAAUUGACUGGGUUAUGGUAGAUUUUGGUAUGGAUUUGGCUGCUGCUAUCAUUAUGUUUGAAAAACCCAUGGGAAUCUGGGCUAUUCUUGAGGAGGAGUCUCUCUUCCCCAAGGCAACUGACAAGUCAUUUGAGGAGAAACUUAAGGCAGCUUUAGGCAAACUCCCAGUUUUCUUGAAGCCCCAGUCCAAGACAGAUAAAAAUGCUCACUUUGCUAUUUCUCAUUAUGCUGGAAUUGUAUCUUACAAUGUAACCAACUGGCUUGAGAAGAACAAAGACCCUGUAAAUGACUCAGUUGUUGAGGUAUUUAAAUCAUCUUCAACUGUUGAACUUCUUGUUCACUUGUGGAGAGAUCAUCCUGGACAACCUACUGUAACACCAAAGGAUGAUGGUAAGAAGAAGAAGAAGGGAGGUGGUGGCAAGACUGUGUCUUCUGUAUAUUUGGUAUCUCUUGGAGAGUUGAUGCAAACCCUUUAUGCUUGUGAGCCUCACUUUGUACGUUGCCUAGUACCCAACACUCACAAAAAACCGGGAGAUGUUGAGCCUCCUCUAAUUAUGCACCAGCUCACCUGUAAUGGUGUAUUGGAGGGUAUCAGAAUUUGCAUGCGAGGAUUCCCCAACAGAAUGAACUAUAAUGACUACAAAAUGCGAUAUGCUAUUCUUGGAGCAGCUGAAAUCGCAAGCUCAAAAGAUAACAAGGUUUCUGUUUAUGCUUUGAUGGACAAAAUUAAGUUUGAUAGAGAAAGAUAUCGUCUUGGACACACCCUUGUCUUCUUCAGAGCUGGAGCUCUUGCUAAACUUGAAGAAGCAAGAGAUGAUAUUGUCGGCAAACUCAUUAGAUACAUGCAAGGACAAGCAUACCAGCGUAUUAAGAGUGCUGGAUUUAAUAAGCGCAGAGACCAAAGAGAACUUAUCAAAGUGUGCCAGAGAAAUUUCAGAAAGUAUAUGGCAAUGAGAGAUUGGGGAUGGUUUGUUAUCAUUCAAAAGACACGUCCUCUCCUGGGAAUGCCAAAUCCUGAAGAAGAACUUAGACAAUUGGAGGAAAAGGCAAAUGCCACCUAUGGUAAAUAUAAGUCUGCACUUGACACCACCGCAUCUCUUGAAGGCGAGCUUGAUAACAUGCGUUCAGACAUUAAAGCUUUGACAAAACAACUUGAAUCUGAACAAGGAAACCUUAGUGUUUAUACUGACAGGCAAUCAAAGGCUACUGCCCUAAAGGCAGAAACUGAAGUUGAACUUGCAACACAGCAAGCUAAUCUUUCCGCUGAAGAGGCUUCAAGGAUUGAACUGACUGCUGAAGUUAAGAAGCAUUCUGGAUCCAUCAAUGUUGUCAAGAAGGACAUUGAAGACAUUGAGCUUGCUAUUACCAAGGUUGAACAAGAAAAAACUAACAGAGAUCAUACCAUCAAAUCUCUCAAUGAUGAAAUUGCUGAACAAGAUGAGGUUAUCAAUAAACUUAACAAGGAGAAGAAACAUAUUGCAGAGACUCAAUCCAAAUCUGCUGAUGAUCUUAUUUCUGCUGAAGAAAAGGUUAAUCACCUUAACUCAAUCAAGUCCAAGCUUGAAUCUACUUUGGAUGAACUGGAAGGUGCUCUUGACAAAGAGAAACGCUCAAGGGGAAAUCUGGAGAAGGAAAGAAGGAGGGUAGAAGGAGAACUGAAGAUGACUCAAGAUAUGGUAGCAGACUUGGAAAGAUCCAGAAAAGAGAUUGAAAAUACCAUUGCUAAGAAAGAGAAGGACAUGGGAGGUCUCUCUGCUAAGCUGGAUGAUGAACAGUCACUUGUUGCAAAAAUGCAAAAGAGCAUCAAGGAACUUCAAGGACGUGUUGAAGAGAUGGAAGAAGAACUUGAAGCUGAGCGUCAGGCUCGUGCCAAGGCUGAAAGACAAAGAUCUGAUCUUGCAAGAGAAAUUGAACAGCUAGGAGAGAGAUUGAAUGAAGCUGGAGGUGCUACUCAUGCCCAGAUUGAAUUGAACAAGAAGAGGGAAGCUGAAGUUGGAAAACUCCGCAAGGAUAUUGAAGAAACCAAUAUUCAGCAAGAAUCUAUUCUUGGAAACUUGAGGAGGAAACACCAGGAUGCCAUUCAGGAGAUGUCUGAGCAAAUUGAUCAACUCCAGAAGAUGAAAGCCAAGAUUGAGAAGGACAAAUCUCACAUUAUUGCUGAAAUUGCUGAUGCCAGAGCUGCUACUGAUGAAGUUGUUCGUGCUCAAGCUUCUGCUGACAAAUCUAACAGAAAUCUUCUUACUUCACUUAAUGAAAUCAAUAAGAGGGUUGGUGAAGCCAACCUUACUCUUGGAGACUUUGAGGCCAGCAAGAGGAAGAUUGCAGCUGAGAAUGCUGAUCUUCUCCGUGCUGUAGGUGAUCUUGACAACAACCUUAACAUGCUGUUGAAGGUUAAGAGCUCCAUUGCUGCUCAACUUGAAGAAGUCAAAUCUCUGGCUGAUAAUGAGGCUCGUGAGAGAUCUCUUCUUCUUGGCAAAUUCCGCAAUCUUGAACAUGAGGUUGAUGGAGCCAAAGAGGCCCUUGAUGAAGAAUCAUCUUCUAGGGACAAUGUUCUCCGUCAAGUUGCUAAAGCUGAAGGUGAUGCCAAUCUGUGGAGAACCAAGUAUGAAAGUGAAGCUGUUGCCAAGGCUGAGGAGCUUGAGAUGACUAAAAUGAAGUUGGUUGCCAGACUAACUGAGGCUGAGGGAACCAUUCAAAAUCUUAAUGCUAAACUUUCUCAAGUAGAAAGAUCUAGAUCUAAGAUGCAAGCAGAGCUUGACGAAAUGACAUCUGGUCUUGAUCAAGCCCAGGUGCUGAAUGCUGCCAUGGAAAGAAAGGCUAAGCAAUUUGACAAAGUCAUUGGAGAAUGGAAACUUAAAGUUGACUCUCUGUCAUACGACCUCGAUUGCAGCCAGAAGGAAACCCGCAAUGCUUCCUCUGAUCUCUUCAAGGUCAAAUCUGCCUAUGAAGAAAGCAUGCUCCAGCUUGAUGAAGUGAGAAGAGAGAACAAGACCCUUUCCAAUGAAAUCAAGGACAUCAUGGACCAAAUCAGCGAAGGAGGAAGAUCCAUCCAUGAGAUUGACAAAAUCCGCAAGCGUCUUGAAGCUGAGAAACUUGAGCUCCAAGCUGCUCUAGAGGAAGCUGAAGCCACCCUUGAGCAGGAAGAAAACAAGGUUCUCCGGGCUCAGCUUGAACUUACUCAAGUAAGACAAGAGAUUGAGCGCCGUCUUGCUGAGAAGGAUGAAGAGUUUAUGGCUAUCAAGAAGAACCAGUCAAAGGCUCUUGAAUCUAUGCAAGCUGCCCUUGAAACUGAAUCCAAGGGAAAAGCUGAGGCUCUCAGGAUGAAGAAGAAGCUUGAGUCUGAUGUUACUGAUCUUGAGCUUGCCCUAGAGCAUGCCAAUGCUGGAGCCAUGGAAACACAGUCAACCAUCAAAAAGUACCAAAACCAGGUCCGUGAUGCUCAGUGCAAGGUUGAUGAGGAAUCCCACAUGAAAGCUAUUGCUCAAGAUAAUAAGGUCAAUGCUGAAAGAAAGGCAGCAGCAAUGCAGAAUGCACUUGAGGAAGCCAGAACAAUGCUGGAGCAGGCAGAUAGAGGAAGGAGAGCCUUGGAACAGGAGCUUGCAGAUUCCAAUGAGACCCUAGCUGACUUGUCCAACCAAAACCAGGCCAUUUCUGCUGCAAAGAGGAAGCUAGAAAAUGAGUUCCAGACUGUUUCUGCUGAUCUUGAUGAGAUGGCUAAUGAAGCUAAACUUUCUGAAGAAAAGGCUGCAAGAGCUAUGAUUGAUGCUGCAAGACUUGCUGAUGAACUUCGUGCUGAACAAGACUUUGCCAUGUGCCUUGAAAAAGACCGCAAGCUUCUUGAGGCCCAGUGCAAGGAUGCACAGGCUCGUGCUGAUGAGGCUGAAGUAAAUGCACUUAAGGGAGGAAAGAAGGCCAUGAUAAAAAUGGAGACAAGAAUUAGGGAACUGGAAUCUGAGCUUGAUGCUGAAAAUAGGAGACUUGGAGAUGCAAACAAAAAUCUGAGGAAAACUGAGCGCAAGGUGAAAGAACUUACUUUUGCUGCUGAUGAGGACAAGAAGAACCAUGAGCGCAUGCAAGCUUUGAUUGAUCAGCUCCAGGGCAAGGUCAAGUCAUACAAGAAGCAGAUUGAAGAAGCUGAAGAGAUUGCUGCUCUGAACCUCGCUAAGUUCAGGAAGGUGGUUGGUACCCUUGGAGAAGCUGAAGCUGCAGCAGAUCAAAAUGAACAAGCUCUUGCCAGGAUGAAGGCUCGUGCCAGGUCUGCAUCCCUUGGACCAAUGUAACUUUUUGUUAUUUUCUAUGAACCAAAUGAUAUGAAAAUUAUAAAUCCGUAAUAAAUAUUUGCAAAUCAA